AUGUUCAGAAUUUCCCUCAAAGCGUCGACUUCUCUUCACAAUGCAGCAAGACAAUGCUUAAAAGCACAAGCUGGAGCUAUUUGUCGCCCUGAUAUUGAUCACUGGGAAAUCAGGAAGGCAAUGAAUGACAUUACAGCUGAAGAUCUCGUACCAGAGCCCAGAAUAAUUUUUGCGGCAUUUAAAGCAUGCCGUCGGUUGAAUGAUUAUUCCCUAGCUGUCAGGUAUCUGGAAGCUGGUCAGUGGAAAUGUGGAGCAAAGAAAAGCACAAUUUGGCCCUGGGUACUGCAGGAAAUCAAGCCAACACUCUCUGAGCUUGGUAUCUUGACACCUGAAGAGAUGGGAUUGGUAUCUUGA